AUGAGUCCGCAGUCUUCACGGGUGAUGAGCCCGGAUGCAGCUGGUCCAUCAUCCUCUCCUCCCGUUCUUCCUGAAGGAUGGCUUGCUCAGUGGGACGGCCGCCAGCAACGAUGGUACUAUGUCCAGCCAGUAACCAGGAAAUCACAGUGGGAGAUACCCACUGAACCGUUCAUUGCGUCGACCUCCUCGACUCCUCACUCCGCUGCCAGUCCCGGCCCUUACCCCUCCCCUCUCACUAUGAGUGCCACCUCGCCCGAGUCCGAAGCCACAAGAGAAUUGAUGGAAGUAAGGAAUGCCAAGUGGAAUGGAAAUGGUAACUUUGCAGCUACACAGCAGCUAUCACCUCAGAGCACCUCUCCAAGAUCACAAAGAACUCCGGUUGCCGGUGAUGCAGUCCCACACCCCCGUUCUUCGGCUCAAACCACCCCAGUGCAUGCUAUCGCCGAUAUCUCUGCCCUGGCGAGCCAAGACGAGAUGAUGGUCCAGCAUAACAGUGUAUGUUUUAAGCUACUCAUAUUUUGCUCGUCAAAUAGAACUAGCGAGCUGAUUGGUUUCUUUAAACAGCCAAAUCACUCCCGGGUUGGGAGCAAUACGCCACAGCAGCCGAUGUCUCUGCCUGGCCAAGUACAAGGCUUCCAUACUACCUCAGGCUCACCCGCUAACCAACACCAAGCACAACAUUUCCCUCCCCAUCCCCAAUCUUACAAUGAUAGCCACAUGCAGAACUCUGGCCUUCCCUUGGGCCAACCACCCCACGUCAACAGUAUACCUAUGAACCCAAGCCCGCAGGGUCAGUUAUAUGGCGCCCAGAUGCAUGAUUCCAAUGCUCGCCCUUUCUGCGGCCCUCAACAGCCUGCCGAUCCUCGGUAUACAAACCAGGCAAUUCCGGUAACACCUGGAAAGUUCCCUCCUCGCGUGUCCCCAGUUCAAACUCAGCGACAUCAAGAACAUGGAAUCACGCUCCUCAAUCAAGACCCUAAUGCACCUCCCGUAUUUCCCCUAUCUCAUCGUGAAGCACAGAGGAAAAGACAGUCAGAACGACAGGAAUCAUUUGCAAAAUACCAAGCUGGACCAGCGGGCCAGCCAUAUCCCCCUCGAGGACCCCCAGCGGGAAACUAUGACCACAGAUACAGGGAACCAGAAAGCCUACCGAGAAACAUGCCUCCACCACCACCAGGCUUUGGCUCAAAUCCAAUAUACGAUCCUCUCAUCGACCAAACCAGGCCCGUAUAUCAUGAAUCAAUCCAAGGCCCUCCCGGUGGCCCGUACGGAAGUUCAAGACAGCUCGGCAGUCCUGGGAAUGGGCCGGCAUGGCAGCAACAACCGCCACCACCUCCACCACAGCAGUAUGGAGGAUAUCAGCCUGGUAUGCCGCCUCGCGCGGACUACGUACCACCACCACAGCAGCAUUACGGAGAUGUCGGCGGAUAUCCUGGCAAUUGGGGGAGGUAA